AUGGCGCAGAUGAACGGAGAGCUCCCAGGAGGCCAGGCGCUUGGCCCGGCCCAAGGUUCCACUCGGACCGCCCACCUCCCGUCACGCCACAGCCGCAUGCGGGAAGCUGAGAGUGAAAUCCUGGACAGCAAUGUGGUCAGUCCCGACAACAGAAGCCCACUUCCCAUUCUGAACCCCACAGAGGAGGAAGAGGCAGCAGUGUCUCCAGCGCACUUGGCUGUCGACUGUGAGUUCUACAAGAACAAGUCCCGCAAGCUGAUGGAGGAAAAUGACAGCAUGCGGGAGCGCAUGAACGGAUUGGAGGACAUGGUCCGGAGGCUUAAUGCGAAGCUGGAACAGCAGGAGCAGAAGCUUCGGCAUGCGGAGGUUGAUCUCCGCGAGGGUGGUCUUCGGUGA